AUGCCGCUAGAACGUCAAUUACUGCUUGUGAUUGAUGAAGUCUUUGAAUAUCAGGUGCAACACUCCCGACAGCAAGAAUUAUACUCGGAAUUAUAUUUGCAUUAUUGUGAAUUUCUAGCAUAUGCGGAUAUUAUUUGCGACCAUGAUAAUGAAGUAAUGAUAGUGGAGUAUGUAGAGUACAACAAUGAUCCCUUAGUAAAGAUUGUUAUUGCUUUGUAUGGCAUGAAACAGCAGAUCAUCGUUUGA